GGACAAUGACCAAAAGGACACUGGAUGGUCCUGAUCUCCAGGCCCUCAGGCAGCACUGCAUUAAAAACAGACAUGAAUCUGUGGUUGAAAUCACUGCAUGGAUUCAAAAUCACUUUUAAAAAAUCAUUGUCUGUGAACACAGCUCAUCACUGCAUCUCUAUGUGAAGAUUGAAACAGCACAAUGCAAAAAGACACCAGGUAUAAACAUGAUGCAGGAACAUCAGAGACUGCUCUGGACCUGAGUCUGUUUAAGGUGGAUUAAGGGGAUGUGGAAAAACUGCUGUUGUCUGACAAAUCACAACUUUACUUUCUCCUUAGAAACAAUAGAUCAAUGUCAGAGUCUGUCCCUUUUUGCCAUAAUGUUAACAGAGAACAAGGGAAAUAAGUCAAUCUUCUUUAAGUUAAUAGAUCUGAUUGUGGUCGUCCCUGAAACACUUAUCCUGUCUUAAAACAGCUGUAAGACAGCCUAACACAGCCUGUUGAUAAUGAGUCCGUCAUUGUUAUUUAUAUAUUGCAUGAAUUUGAUCAACUGUAUUCAAAUCUUUAUUCUACUUUCAAUUUUUUUUUAUCUCGUGGAGUAAACUUAAACAGUACCCGCCCCCUGAAGUAGUAUCCUCCAGCAGGGGGCGGUAAUGGUACAGCGCAGACGCCUCGAAGCGGGAACAAGGGAAGAAGAAGCAGCAGGAGUACUUCCAGGUUGUUGUUGGCGUGUGUCGUUUGCUUGUGGAUAAGUUGCGUCGAGGUCGUCUGUUCCUUUAUAAACAGCAAAAAAUAAUCAGCGGAGAUGGUAAGAAGCGAGUCUGACUUUGACAUUAUGUCACAUAAAUGUAUAGUAUGUUUGCAUGCUGUGUUUUAGCUGGAGUUUAGCUUGUUAGCACUGGCAGAGGCUAGCGGAGCCGCUCAUCAACCUUAGUAGAUAUACUAAUAAAAUCUUUGGAGAGUGUGUGAAACUUUUACAUCUGGCCGAACUUUUUAGAAGCCAUUCAUGAAUAAUUGAAUGUUGUUUCUCAGUGAGUUGGUAGCGUAGGCACAAUUACCUGAUAAAACAUCAGAAUUGUGAAUGGUGUUUGGUAGCAGCCGGUCCCGUUCUCAUUCAUGUUGAAAAGUGAAGUUAGACAACUGCCCCAGACUUAUUACUUAAGUAUGUUCGUUCUUUUAUUCUUUAUUCUGUUAAUUCUUGAGUGAUUCUGUUAUUCUUUUCAACCAUCAGUCUUUCAAAUUUUACUGCAGCGCGAAGUGUUGUUUGUGACCGCUGUAGAAGAAACAGCGACAGGCGAGAUAAACUGACAGAUUUUUGAAUGGAGUUUGGUGGUGGUUAAUCGUCUUUGCCUCAUUAUUUUUCUUAAGUUAUGCCAGAGCUUAAAGUUUUCUUAGGAGAAAAGAAACAAUCAAAUGACGUUUAACGUAGCUAAAAUUGUUGUUCAGUUAGAAAAUAACACUUGUAUCCACUUUUUUACAGGCAAGAAACGCUGAGAAGGCCAUGUGAGUAUUGUGUAGUUUUCACUUCUUUUAUUUUUGUUGUCAUGUUUUGGCCAACAGCUGCUAAGUGAGCUUUGACACAAGGGUAAUGAAGAUUUGUCGAUGCAUGUCUGUGACAGAAAUAUAAAGUUGUAAUUAAUUUCAGUAAGUCUACAGAUACCUGUAAAUAAAUAAAGUGUGACUUUCACCCAUACAAUUGCAGCUGAUCCAGAUGAUAAAGCAGUUUUUAUGAGAGGUGUCAGCAUCUGUGAUGAAGUUUAGAACUUUUGAUAAUUGUAAGUAGUUUAAAGAAACAAACAAGUCUUGGCCCUGAGCUUUCAUCAGUGUUUUACCCACAGUGUGAGUGAGUCUGUCCCAUUUAAUAAUAAGUGCUGCCGGAUGAUGAACCACAGAAAGAGAAUCUUUGAUUAGGAUCCUAUUCUGUGGCAUAACAUAAAUAAAGCAGUGGUAUUUCAUCAAUGUUGUGGAUGUUAUUUGAUGUAUCUGUUGACCUGCUGUCUCUAACUUUAGUCCUCUGUUGUGUCUUUCAGGACUGCUCUGGCUCGGUUCAGGCAGGCCCAGCUGGAGGAGGGGAAAGUCAAGGUCAGUUUCAACAGAGUUCUAGUACAUUUCCUGCUUUCUUUUAAAUCCAUCUUUUUACUAUGAGUGUAUUUAAACUCUGAACUUCUAUGUGAGUUAUAAUAACCACCUCAUAAUUUUCCUCUAGAGGCAUAAAAAAUAACACAUGUAACUUAAAGAUGUCUGAAACAAGAGUGUGAUCUGUUUUUAUAAGAGUGGUAUUGAAGUUUGAAUAAAGAAAGUCCAUCUCUUACCCGCCCUCAUGUCUCUUACCUGUUUGUCUGUCUGCAGGAGAGGAGACCUUACCUGGCGUCAGAGUGCAGUGAACUUCCUAAAGCUGAGAAAUGGAGACGACAGGUAAAAACUACAUAUAGCAAUUAUAAAGUUUGACUUUAUUUAAAUUUAACAUGGCAUUACAUUGAAAAAUUGAUGCCCAAUAUUAUCAGCACAGUAAAAAUAUUUUAUGAGGGACAUUUACGGUUAAUUAGAUAUUCAUUAAUUGGUUGUUAUGACGGUGCUGACAGACGUUUUUUUUACAUUUUCUGUCAGGUGGAGAUGAUCACCUGUGGUCUUGUGUUACUUUCAGCUGUCAGGGUGUCAGCAUUAGUAUGUUCAUUAUUCUCUCACAUUGUGUGUCUGUGUGUGUUUCAGAUCAUCAGCGAGAUCUCAAAGAAAGUGGCUCAGAUCCAAAAUGGUGAGUGUAUUGAUGAUAAUGUCUCACCUGAACCUCACAGGUAGAGAAACACAGUGAAAGUAAACAAAAAACUUCUGUUGGAUUUUGUCUUCCUCUCUGACCCGCCUUACUUGUCUCAUACCUGCAUGUUUCUCUCUCUCUCUCUCUCUCUUCCUCUCUUCUUUAACUUGUCUCUCUGUGGGCAGCUGGUCUUGGGGAGUUCAGGAUUCGAGAUUUGAAUGAUGAGAUCAACAAGCUGCUAAGAGAAAAAGGUCACUGGGAGGUCAGGAUCAAGGAGCUUGGAGGACCCGACUACGCGGUACGUAUCAACCCAAAACCAGAACUGGAACCAGUGCCUUAACUGGAACUAAUAACUGAAACCAGUAUUAUCUACAGAACCAGUAAUCAUUUCUGUAUCUAGAACCAAAAAACUGUGGUGUGUUAUUCAGAGCUUAAUGUAUUUUAGAGUUAUCCAUAAUAAAGAUGUCCAGAGUAAUAGAUCAUCCGUCCGUCUGUGUGUCUGUUUAUGUGUGUUCAGAGAGUGGGUCCUCGGAUGUUGGACCAUGAAGGGAAAGAGGUUCCUGGUAAUCGGGGGUAUAAGUACUUUGGAGCAGCCAGAGAUCUUCCUGGAGUCAGAGAGCUCUUCGAGAAGGAGCGUGCGUAAACUCCACCUGUUCCCCUUCUGUUAAUAUCAAAUCUGUCGUUUCUGUUCUGGCAUCUGAUUGGUCCUUUCUGAUCAUUUGACUUCCAGCCGCCCCAGCUUUGAGGAAGACGAGGGCGGAGCUGAUGAAGGAGGUAGACGCAGAAUACUACGGUUAUAGAGACGAAGACGAUGGGGUGCUGCUUCCUCUGGAGGCUCAGUAUGAAAAACAAGGUCUGAUGGAUUUCAAAUCAUCCUAAAAUCAUAAAUAGGCCAUUAAUAAUGGUAUGAAACUGCAUCCAGGUGGUGUCAGAGGCUUGCUUGAUUCAGGUGUAGGUUUUGGUACACACAUUUAUUGUGAGUGUGUCGUCAUGUUUGUAUUAUUCUGUGUACAGCUGUGAUUGAGGCAGUGCAGAAGUGGAAAACGGAGAGAGAGUCUCGUCUUUCAGGAGAUAAACAACAAGAGGAGGAAGAAGAGGAGAGCAUCUACACUGCCUACAACGAAGAGGUUAGCUUUCACAUUACGUCCCAGGAGCUUCCUUUUUUUUUUUUUUUAGAAGUUUCAAGGACUCCCAAGACAGAUAAAAAUGAAAAAGCCAGAAGAAGAGAUGCAGAAAAGUCUCAGACGAAGCAAAAUGUUGAUCCUGAAUUCUUGGUUUGUGUGUUUGCAGCCAGAGGAUGAGGAAAGCCGGGAGGAGCAGGAGGGAGAGGAGGGAGGAGUCACCUUCAUCGCACAUGUACCUGUACCCUCACAGAAAGAGGUGAGACAUACACUCGCGAUCAUCUUCUUUACGUUAGAGGAACUUCAACCUGGACCAUCACAACCUCAUAUCUAACCUGGUGAUAAUCUGAAACUUUGGGAUAAAUUUGACCCUUCAGACUGUUCUUAAAUAAAAUGAGGACAUGCAAAAUGUACCUGUACAGUGCAGAAUUUUUCCAGUAACAUAUAUAUUUUUCACAGAAGGUCCUUGUAGAGCAGAAUAUGCUUCUUAAAUAUAUAAAAGACCUAGACAGACAGAGAUUUUUACUGUAAAGCCUUUGUCACGAUGCAGACAUCGAGACUUUACACUGAAGAAUUCUACAGGUUACAAAAGUAACGGCAGAGCAAAGUCGCUCUGAUGGUGCAGAAGUAUUUUUUGCAAUGCACCAAUGUCAUCAUAUCUCUUAACUUGAAAGGAUUAUCAUUUUUAUGCAAAACUGUCAUUGUAGUGCAGGAAUACCAUAAAAGGCAGAGUUGCAGAGAUAUCUUAGCAGCUCAGGAAUGUCCCAGUGGUGCAGGAUUGUUCUCCUGCUGCAGAAAGCUCUUUGCAGUGAAGACGAUUCUCCACAGUCAAGUAGAAAUAGAAUUUUUUUCUUUUCAGUGCAGAAAAGUGUUGACUGUGCAGAAGAAGCUUUUUGGUGCCUAAGUGUCCUCUCCAUGCUGAAAUUUCUUCAUUGUGCAAGCAAGUCAUUGCAGUGCAUAAAUGUAGUUAUUGUGCAGAGUUAAACUUUCACGAAAUUAAUAUUCUGGCACAGUAGAAUUGUCCUCACAAUGCAGACACAUCCUCAUUGUGCUGAAAUAAAGCACAGAAGUCUAACCUCUCUGUCCAUCUCAGGUCGAGGAGGCUCUGGUUAGGAGGAAGAAGAUGGAGUUGUUGCAACGUUACGCCAGUGAGACUCUUCAAGCUCAGAGUCAGACAGCUAAAACGCUGCUGGGACUCUAACCCAUCUACCUGUGGUUCUAGUUUUGUAAAUAUCUGCUCAUUUUUGUACCUGACCUGUUUCAUAUUAAAGCUUUCUUCAGCUCA